AUGAAGGUAUCAUCUCUUGGUCUCGCGGCUAGUCUCUUAGCGACGGUGCUAGGGGACCUCCUUUUCCAUGAGUCUCUUACUUUCAAGGAGUAUGAUGAAGCAGUGGCUCUCGGAUACACGGUGAAGACAGUGACAGAUGCAGAGUGGGCGGCAUUGACAACAGCGGACUUUGCCAAAUAUGAAGCUGUUGUCAUCGCAGACCCCAGCUGCGGUGAUGUUAGCCAGAUCAAGUUCUUCGAAGAUUCCAAAGCUGCGUGGUCACCAGCUAUUACCGGAAACAUAAUUCUGAUCGGAACCGAUCCAACUUUCCACUUUGCCCGACCUGGUGCGCAGACCUUGAUCGACAACAGCAUUAAAUUCGCGGCAGCUGGGAAGUCCACAUCGGGUGCCACACAAACGGGCCUCUACUUUGCUCUCUCAUGUUACUAUCAGUCCGUCGAUUCGGCAAAGGUCGAUGCUCUUACUGUCUUAGGUGAUUUCACAGUUCGAGGCAAUCUUGCUUGCUACAAUGAUGCUCACCUUGAGGCUCACUCGGACGCAAUGAGCACCCUCGAUGAUGCAGCUCUUUCCGACUGGAGCUGCAGUGUUCAUGAGGCAUUCUCUUCAUAUCCUUCGGUUGGUAAAUUUGGUUUCCAGGCCCUCGCGAUUGCUGAUGGCAUCUUGGGCGUCGGAAGCCAGCACUUCGGUGACGAUCACGAUGGUCUUCCAUACAUCAUUAGCAGAGGUGCUACUCCGUCCAAAUGCGGCGAUGGUAUUUGGGAUCCGGAGCUCGGGGAAGAGUGCGACGAUGGCAAUACGGUCAAUGGAGAUGGAUGCUCCUUGAGCUGCAAGUGUGAGAGCGGCAAGGCCCUUGGUAAUGGACAUUGCGCUCCUCUCAAUGGCACAACUAGCAGCAGUUCCACCUUCGUUCCUAGCUCUACUGGCACCAUCCCCACAUCGUCGGAGUCUCCAGUCUACAGCAACUCUUCAUCGUCUAUCGUGCAUCCGUCAUCCUCAUACUCGAGCGGCGUACAUUCAUCCUCGAGCAGCGGCUCAUAUCCGAGCUAUAGUCCACCUACGUACCCGAGUUCUACGCCACCUGCCUACACUGCUCCCCAUCAUACCCCACCCGCCUACUCAACGUCCUACGCUCCUCCAGCCUACAUUACUCCUUCUUGCCCCACAGGCCCGAAGAUCAUCGGCGUGGAGAUCAUAAUUGAGGUCACUAUCACGGAGAUCUGCAAGACUUUGAACCCUACUUCCACAGUCACCGAAACCUCCACCGUGCCAUGCGCCACCAAGGAACGGCCCAUAUACGACGUCGAGGAGUCCGGCCUGCCAUGCUACGCCUGUGCCAUGAAAUCUGCAAGUCUUAGCUGCCCAAGCGGCGAAUUCGUCACCGUGUCUACCACUGCCUGCUCCGCCUGCUCCACCUACGUCCCUCCAGUCCUCUACACCGAGGAGUCCUGCUCAGGGUACACCAUCACCGAGACUGAUGUCAUCGUCCCCUAUGCCACGUACUCCUACCCGCUGAGGGAGUACCCGUCCGAGGUCCCGCACUCGCACCAGCCGAAGACUACAGAGUAUUCCACGGUUAGUGUUGGAUACCCGGCUAACACUAGCUUGACUCCCUAUGUUCCUACGGGCGCCUAUACGCCUCAGCCGAGCUCUAGCAUUGUGCUGUUCGAGGGCGCUGCUGCGAAUGUUGGUGUUACGGUGUCAGCGGUUGUAGGUGCAGUUGUGUUAGCGUUGGCUGUGGUGUUAUAAGUAAGUAUAUGGUGAUGGAAGGGAAGGGAAAGUGUAACGAUGGUAUGGCUCGAUGUAUACUAGUGGUUUGGGUAGGGAUCGGAUUCUAGUCUUUUGCUUUUGUAUUUUUCUUCUUCUUGUGCUGAGCGAUUCAGAUGGAUGGUUGUAAGUUGUUCGAUGGACGUUGAAGGCAGAGAAGGCACGGGAUAAUUAUAAUUCAAUGAUUUGCUUUGGGGA